GGUGCACAUCCCAUGACCCGCCUGAUGGCGACGGCGGAAGCACAGUUCAGCGCGCUGCUAUCUUCGCAGCCUGCAAAUCUCUCCGACGCUGCGAGCAAGUAUAGACAGAGGAGAGGACGUCAUCCACCGCCAGGCUUCGACAAGUGGUAUGCGUAUGCGCAGGCAAAGAACGCGCUGAUUCCAGAGACGUUCUUCGACCAAAUAAACCACGACCUGGGCCCGUUCUGGGGAAUUGAUGUCGUCGAUUUGCGACGCAGUGCAAGGGGAUUCAGUCCGAAGGUUGUGGUGAGAGGGGGCGUCGUCGAGUCUGCGAACGUCGCGCACGGGAGCUAUAAUCGACCGAGGGAGUUCUUAGAUGUGCUGGAAGAGAUGGUGAAGGAGGGCAUGGUGUUGCCAGAUGUGAAUUUGCCGGUGAAUGUGAAUGACGAGAUCGCCAUGUUAGUGCCGUGGGGAACUAUGGAGACGGCGGUGGAAUUCGCGAGGAGGUUUAUGCCGCCUGCAGAGGAGGUCACGGAUGCAUUUUCGACCCCGGAUGGUGACGGUCUGGAGGAGGAUGAAACAUUCGAUCCUUCAUGGCUUGACGAUCGCUUGCGGCACAAGGCUGGCGGUCCCUAUCUUGGGCCUCGGCCGCUAUGGUCGCUGGUACGGCCUGCGUGUCCACCCAGUUCAGCGACUGCGAGAGGUGAGUUGAUGGCGGAUAUUUGGCACCCGCAGGGGCACACGAGGGUCGAACACAGCGCUGCUGCAUUACUGCCCUUGGAAGUGCCCGUGAACUCCACGGAGGGAUACAUCGCGAACUGGACGGUAGCGACCGACGUAUGUAAUAGGCCGGAGUUGCAGGGAUUACAUGGAAGUUUUGUGGCACCCAAGGCCAUGAGCGUAACGCAAAAGCUGUUUCCGUUGUUCUCGACCUCGAAGAUGUCUGCCUCAAACGAAGUCCUGGUUCCUGCGUUCUCGCCGUUCAACUCGUCGAAUGACACCCCGCCGCUGCCUUGGGCGGAGAAAGAGAAAAAGCUCCACUGGCGCGGUCCUGCGUCCGGAGGCGCGAACUCAAACUUGAAUUGGCAGCGUUUGCAUCGAAAUAGAUUCGUGAGCAUGAUGAACGCAACGCACAUUGAGGUUGCGGAGGGAAUGCUGCAUGCCGGAAACGAAACGACCGUGGGACUUGGAUAUGCUGGUAACUUCAGACUAUUGCCUUCUAACGCGUAUCGUCUCACUUCGCAGAAAGGAGCGAAGAUGGCAGAGUGGGUGAGUGGAUGGGCGGACGCAGGUUUCACUGACUUGCAGUGCGAUGAGUCCGGUGAAAACAGCACCUGCUCUUACAUCGAUGAAUUUUUCUCUGUGAAGGAACCGGCAAGUGUCGGACUAGGGAAGUACAAGUACGCCGCGAUUCUGGAUGGUGACGCUGGCGAUGACGGCGGAGAGCUUGUGCAGCGAUUCGAGGAAGGCAGAGUAGUCUUCAGAGCAAGCGCAUACAAGCAGUGGCAUGACUCAAGGCUCAUCCCUUGGCUGCAUUAUGUCCCUAUGGACAACACAUUCAUCGACAUUUAUGGCGUCAUGGAACACUUGCUCGGGACGGAGAUAGAAGAAAGGCAAGGCGAAGGAGGCGAUGAACAGGCGCGAAGAAUUGCAGGAGCUGGGCAGCAGUGGGCAAAGAAAGCUUUAAGAAAAGAGGAUGCAAUGAUUUACUUGUAUCGGUUGUUGCUGGAAUAUGCGCGUGUCGUUGAUCCGAAGCGGCAUACCCUGGGUUGGGUCGGUGACUUG